AUGGAAGUCAACAUUAAUAAAUAUAACCCGCUACGAGCUUCUUCAUUCAUACCGACCCCUGCAUUUAUCUCACGCAAAAGAGCCAUUAUUAAUGUAAAGAACGAGGAUUUCGGAUGUUUUGGAUGGGCGCUAGUUGCAGCUAUUUAUACUCCAACUGGACAUCCCUGCGAACCGGAUUCGUAUCCGGACUAUUUAGAAAAGUUCAAUUUUGAAGGAAUAACGUUCCCGGUAAAAUUAGAUGCGAUAUCAAAAUUUGAAGAAAUGAAUCCCUUGUCCAUUAACGUUUACGGUUUAGAGGAGGACACACAGAAACAAGACUCAUACGAUAAGCUUAAUCUAACUACGAUCCCCAAUAAAAGCGAUUUCUUUGAUAUGUUGCACGAGCAGGACAUUACCGAUGAAGAAUACAGACGUGCUCAGGAAGUUUGGAAUUUAUUUAAUUGCCAGACGUUGGGCGAAUACUCGGACAUUUAUUUAAAAUCUGAUGUGCUUUUAUUGGCCGAUAUAUUUGAAAACUACAGAGGCGUGUGUUUACGCGAGUACGAAAUUGACGCUGCCCAAUAUCUGACCGGUCCUAGCCUUAGCUGGGACGCUAUGUUAAAAAAGACGGAUGUGGAAUUAGAAUUACUGACAGAUAUUGACAUGCUUCAUUUUUUUAAACGUGGUAUUCGAGGCGGCGUCAGUACGUGCACCAAACGCAAAGCAAUCGCUAACAAUAAAUUUCUUCCCAAUUACGAUCCUUCCAAACCAAGCUCAUUUAUUAUUUAUCUGGAUGCAUGCAAUCUUUAUGGUCAUUCCCAAACACAAUUUCUCCCACAAAGUGACUUUGUUUGGCUCACACCCGAAGAAAUUCAAAAUUUUAAUGUUUUCGAAAUAUCAGAUGAGUCACCGAUCGGGUAUGUCUUAGAAGUUGAUCUACUGUACCCUGAGGCCCUCCACAAUUUGCAAAAUGACAUGCCCUAUUGCCCAGAAUCUAUAACUCCGCCAAAUUCAAGGUCAAAGUAUAAGAAACUAAUUCCAAAUUUAAAUCAUAAGGAAAAAUACGUUUUACAUUAUAGAAUGCUAAGACAAUGCCUGCAACACGGAUUAAUUUUAAAAAAUAUUCAUCGCGGGGUUAAAUUUACCCAAUCGCCUUGGUUAAAAUCCUAUAUUGAUCUAAAUACGGAACUGCGUAAUCGUGAAACUAGCGAAUCGGGCCGUGACACUAUAAAAACUAUGAAUAACAGCAUUUAUGGUAAAACUAUGGAAAACGUUGACAAACGAGUUAACGUUGCACUUGUAAGUCACUGGGAGAGGAUCGGUAAGAAGCCUGGAGCUGAGGGCCACAUAUCUAAACCAAAUUUUAAAAAUUUAUCGGUGUUCUCUGAAAAUCUCGUGGCAAUUGAAAUGUCCAAAGUAUCCGUAAAGUACAACAAACCGGUGUAUGUUGGUUUUUCAAUUUUAGAUUUAUCCAAAACAGUUAUGUACGAGUUCUUUUACGAUUUUCUAAAACCAUUAUAUCAAGAUAAAGUAUCUUUGUUGUAUACAGACACCGAUUCCCUUAUAUUGGAGAUUUUUACUAAUAAUUUCUAUGAUGACAUGAAAUUAUAUUUGGAUAGAUAUGACACAUCUAAAUUUCCCCUUGAUAAUGUACACGGUAUUCCACGCAACAUUUCAGUUGUGGGGAAGAUGAAAGAUGAAUAUUGCGGUGUCCCCAUCGCUAGUUUUUACGGUGCAGGUGCAAAGUCAUACUGUGUCAAUGUAGGUGAUCGUGUAGAUAAGAAAGCUAAAGGGGUAAAAAAGUAUGUAAUAAAGAACGGCUUAAAAGAGGAAGAUUAUAAGAAAGUAGUCGAAGAAGGUGGCGUGAUUAUGAAGCAGAUGAGCGGUUUUCGAUCUCACUUGCACACCAUGUACACAGAAAUGACAAACAAAAUAGCCUUAUCAUCAACGGACGACAAAAGAUACAUUAUCCCUGGCACCUGCAGAACAUUGGCAUGGGGACAUCGCGAUAUUAACGCAAUUCAAAAUUUGGAAGAUUUUCUUAAUUCUUUGUAA